AUGAGCAAUAAACCACUUGAUGAGGAAUAUAUCGAUAUUGACGACACCUAUGGAGGAGCUCAUGAUGAGGAGCCUGGCAAUGGGGGUUAUGCUUGGGAAGAAGAAUAUAAAAGAAGUUGGGAUGUUCUUCAAGAAGAUGCAGAAGGUAGAUUAAGUAGUGUAGUUUCACAGCUACAGCAGCAAAGAAAAAGACGAAGACUACUUAAAGAUACUGCUAUUGUUCAGCGUGGGAUUAUUCGACAUCUUUUCUUAAUCAUCGAUCUUUCAGAAGCCAUGACUGAAAAGGACUUACGUCCAAGCCGAGUAGAGCUUAGCUUAACCUAUGCACAACAGUUUGUUACAGAAUACUUUGACCAAAAUCCAAUAUCCCAGCUUGGAAUUAUUGUUACGCGAGACGGUAUAGCAGAAAAACUGACAGAGUUAAGUGGUAACCCCACUGAUCACAUUAGAGCUUUGAAAUCAAAAAAGAACACAGAAACAAGUGGAGAGCCAUCAUUACAGAAUGCACUACAACUAGCGAGAGCGAGUAUGAAGGGUGUUCCUAGUCAUGGAACCAAAGAGGUAUUAGUGAUUUUCGGCUCGUUAACAACAUGUGAUCCUGGGAAGAUAAGAGAUACAAUCGAGUUGUUGAAGCAGGACUUGGUGAGAGUUAGUAUAGUAGGACUAGCAGCAGAAGUUCAAAUAUGUCGAGUUAUAUGUGAAGCAACAAAAGGUACAUACGCUGUCGUCUUGAAUGAAGGGCAUUAUAAAGAGUUAUUGUUCGAAAGAGUCCCACCGCCGCCUAUCCUUCCACACAAAAAUACAUCGAAUUUAGUCACUAUGGGAUUUCCAAGGAGGUUGAUUGAGGAUCAUGCUACGUACUGCGUGUGUCAUCAAAAAUUGACAGUGGGCGGCUAUAUCUGUCCGCGAUGCAAAUCAAAGAUAUGUGAAUUACCCAGUGAUUGCGAUAUCUGUGGUUUAACACUUGUAUCAUCACCACAUCUAGCAAGAUCAUACCAUCACUUAUUUCCAGUCGAUAAUUUUAUUGAAGUUAAAGCUAACACUGAGAAACGAACGAAUUGCUUUUCCUGUUUAGCGCACUUUGAUAGUUUAGAAGCGUUGGGCAUAUAUUCUUGUCCUCAAUGCGCAGAAGAGUUCUGCGCUGAUUGUGAUAUAUUUGUUCAUGAAGUUUUACAUAAUUGUCCUGGUUGCUGGAGCAUUGGUAAAAAACUAACAGCGGCGGAACAGCAAGAACAGCAGCAAUAA